UUAUCACAAAAAUUCUGAUCAGUUUAAUUUCAAAAUUGCUAUGCAACCACGUGAUUUUAUACGUAUAUUACUUAUAUUCUCCUUGCGUUUUGCUAUAAAUUUUUUGAUUCUCUACUAUCAAAAAUAUUACGGCGUCAAAACGAAGCACGGCGUGGAACUCUUAACAGUAGACAAAAGCUGAAGUCUGUGAAACGUGUACAGCUGUUUUUUGUUUUGCACGCCACUUUUGUUUUGACAAGAUGGAAAACUGCAUUAAUUGCGAGGAAAACACAAGAAAAUACAAAUGCAGCAAGUGUUCGGCACCCUACUGCUCUGUGGCUUGUUAUAAGGCCCACAAAGAUUCGCCAAAAUGUGUGAGAAUAGAUAUGGAGGAUAAAAAGCCUGAAAAUGCUUUUCAGGAGGAACCAACACUUCAUGUCCCAUUUCCAACAGAUGAUACAGUGCCCACAGAGAAACUUCAGAAAUUAGAAAACUCCCAGGAUCUACGUAACUUACUCCACAAUCCCCACCUGCGUUCACUACUCCAGCAGAUCGAUGUGGCCAUCAAUGCCCAGACCGCUAUGAUCGCAGCCAUGCAGGAGCCUCUCUUCCUGGAGUUCGCUAAUGCUUGUUUAAAAGUUGUUGAACCUAUGACCGAUGCAGAGCGAGCUGAAUUCGAAAUGUGUUCCUGAAAAUACCCCAAAAUCACCCGCUUGAGAGUCUUAAUAAAGGCUGCCAUGUAUUUUUUAACUAAAA